UAUAAGUCACCAGUGUGACAAUUGACUUCAAGUUGACGUAAACUUCUCACAUAGUCUUGAGGGACUCAUAGCCACCUCAUAAAAAACCAUGAUCAGAAUCGUAUUAAUUCUGGGGGUAGUCGGUUAUUGUUGGGCAUCCGGAUGGGACUUGGGUGGACAUGGAGGAGGUGGUUUGACCUUGGGUGGACAUGGAGGAGGUGGUUUGACCUUGGGUGGACAUGGAGAAGGUGGUUUGACCUUGGGUGAAAUUUCAAUUGGCGGUCAUGGUCACGAGUUAACAGCGAUCAGCUUUGGACAUUCCGAUAUCUUGGGUGGACACAGUGGAUUUGGAGGUCAUGGCAUCGCCUUGGGUGGACAUGGUGGUUGGGAUUCAGAUAUUAGUAUCGGUCAAGUUCAUGGAGGUCAUCGGGUCAACGUUAUUCCAGUGGUGAAAGAAAUAGGUGUCCCUGUCGUGAAGGAAGUUGAGAUCAAAAUUCCACAUCCGGUUGUGCAGACUGUUCCACAACCAUAUCCAGUGGCAGUUCCUGUUUCACAGCCAGUUCCUUACGAGGUGAUCAAGACGGUAUUCAAAAAGGUGGAAAAGAAGGUACCAACCCCUGUUGAGAAAAUCAUACCCUUCAAAGUCGAGAAACCUGUGCCGUUCAAGGUUUACAAGCAUAUUCCAGUUCCUGUUGAAAAGCGAAUACCUAUUAAGAUUCCGGUUUAUAAGACAAUUUUUCACAGUAGCAAAGGUCAUAUUUUGGUACUGGGGCUUGUGGCUCUUGCCUCUGUCGUAAAAGCUAGCGGAUAUGGUCAUGGCGGAGAAGAAGAUCAUGGUGGAUCCACUUACGAAGAGAAGUCUAAAACUGUACAUGUUCCCAUUUAUAAGAAGUAUGCUAUCCCUAUUCCUCAUCCCGUUCCCGUGCAAGUUCCUCAAGAAAUCAAAAUCCCCAUUCCUCAGCCAUACCAAGUUCAAAUUCAAGUUCCUCAACCAUACCCUGUAGAAGUGAUCAAGCAUGUCGAAGUGCCUGUUGAAAAACCUGAGCCCUACACUGUUGAGAAGCACGUUCCAUUUAUUGUGGAGAAGCCAUAUCCUGUUUACGUCGAGAAGAAGUUCCCUGUACCAGUCGCGAAGCCAUACGCAGUUCACGUUCCUGUCUAUAAACACGUGUUCCACCACUCGUCCGGCGGCAAGAGCAAAGGCUGGAAUUAA